AACUGCUCUGUAAUUUUCUUCUAGGUUGGCUGGCUCCUCUGGCUGAUGGCAUGUUGAGGCACAUGGGCCAGUGGCAGCGAGGGCAUCUGAUCCAGAGGGGGCCACUCUAGAGGCCAGGCCACCAGCACCAUGGGCCAGUGCGUCACCAAGUGCAAGAAUCCCUCAUCGACCCUGGGCAGCAAGAACGGAGACCGUGACCCCGGCGGCAAGCCACAUAGCAGGCGGAGCGCAGGCCACCGCGAGGAACAGCCACCGGCCUGUGGCAAGCCAGGGGGGGAUAUCCUCGUCAAUGGGACCAAGAAGGCAGAGGCCGCCGCCGAGCCCUGGCAGCUGCCGACGUCCUCUGGAGAUGCUGGGAGGGAGCCCAAGUCCGACACCGAGGAGUCUUCCCUGCAGAGGCUGGAAGAACUGUUCAGGCGCUACAAGGAUGAGCGGGAGGAUGCAAUUUUGGAGGAAGGCAUGGAGCGCUUUUGCAAUGACUUGUGUGUUGACCCCACGGAAUUUCGAGUGCUGCUCUUGGCUUGGAAGUUCCAGGCUGCCACCAUGUGCAAAUUCACCAGGAAGGAGUUUUUUGAUGGCUGCAAAGCAAUAAGUGCAGACAGCAUUGAUGGGAUCUGUGCACGGUUCCCUAGCCUCUUAACGGAAGCCAAACAAGAGGAUAAAUUCAAGGAUCUCUACCGGUUUACAUUUCAGUUUGGUCUGGACUCUGAAGAAGGGCAGCGGUCACUGCAUCGGGAAAUAGCCAUUGCCCUGUGGAAACUAGUCUUUACCCAGAACAACCCUCCAGUAUUGGACCAGUGGCUAAACUUCCUAACUGAGAACCCCUCGGGGAUCAAGGGCAUCUCCCGGGACACUUGGAACAUGUUCCUUAACUUCACUCAGGUGAUUGGGCCUGACCUCAGCAACUACAGUGAAGAUGAGGCCUGGCCAAGUCUCUUCGACACCUUUGUGGAGUGGGAAAUGGAGCGAAGGAAAAGAGAAGGGGAAGGGAGAGGUGCACGCAGCUCAGGGCCCGAGGGCUUGUGUCCCGGGGAGCAGACUUAGUGGCUCUAGCCCAGGAGCAGCAGUAGCAGCAAGGGUCUGCCUGCUGCCCUGCAGCCAACCGAGUAAUUGGACCUUUCUGGAAAUUACUGAAGAUCCAGAUAUUUUCUACUUUACACCUUUCUCUGCCUUGUAUCUGAAAGGGCUCUAAAAUGCUGUAUCAUGUUUUAGGCACUUUCUUCACUUUUUGGUUAUUUUGGUUAUUUCUUUUUGGGGGGUCCCCCAAAAUAUUUGAACCUGGCUACAUGUUGUGUUUUUUGUUUUUUUUUUUUCCUUUAAGCCUUCAGCUAGAAUAAGCCUGCCAUUUCUUGCACAAAUUAGAUUUUUUUGUGGGGGAGGGCAUAGAGCAGGGAGGGGGGGAAUGGGACGGUUAGGUUGAAUUAACAUUACAAGAUGAUACAGUGCCAGAUCUCAGUUUUGCAUAUUCUGUUUUCCAGGGCAGGUCUGUACUGUGUGUAGUGCUGUUUACAAGGUUGAAUUUAGGUUGUAAUAAUUAUUUUAAAAGAUUUACACAGAAUUGAAUAGCAGUGUUAACUGUUAACCAUAUUGCAUUAAUUCCCAGGCGAUUUAAAGCUCUUGGAGAGCCAAGGCCAGCCAAGAGCAUUUGUUGUCUGGUGACAACCCCCUUUUAAGCUAAUUUAUCCGAAACCGUUAUUUUCUUCACUUCUUGCUCAUUCCUUCUUUGACCUAUUGCAUUUCAUGUUGAGUUCAUCCAUCAACAUGCUGCACCUGUCAGUCAAGUGAGCAGUUUUUUUGUUUUUUUAGAACACAUAGUACUGAGAACCACUUAAGCAUUGAAUGCAGAGAAAGCAGUGCUACCUCAGUUUUGCUGGAAGUAGACUUUGAUAGUUUUCUUUUUUUGAUGAAUUUUCUGUAUUUUCAUGUUGUAAGUGAAAAUACUUUUGUUUUGUUUUUUUUUCAUUUGCCUUGGAGCCAAAGUUUCUGUUCCUGGUGGUCGGAAAACUGUGCCUGCCGGCCAACUGACUUGAAGGAAAACUGUGGUAUGGAGCUCUGCUUGAAUUUUUUUUUUUUCCUUUAAAGUUUUUUUGAGUAUCAUCAGCUUACUUGUCUGGCAAGGGCAGAAGCCUGGGACUGGCCUGAACUCUGCCAAACAAAUAUAGAAGUGUAUUUAAUAGUUAAACAUAUGCCCUUUCCCUUCUUGCUGCACCCAUGUUGUCACUUAACCCCCAGGAGUUAUUUAUUAUCUUCUUUGUUAAUGUCAGGCUCAUUUGGGGUAAUGUGAUGACUGUUUAGGUUUACAUGACCCUCCUCUCCUUCCCCUACCCCCAAAUAUGUAUAUAUACAUAUAUAAGAUAUGUAUAUAUUUUACCUAUAUAAAAUAUAUAUAUACACAUAUAUGUAUCUAUAUUCCUUUGUUUCUUUGCCUGCUAAAACUGGCCAUAAAAGAGGGAGCUGCCUUCAAUAUAUAAAGCAUAAGAAGAGUGCCAGGGAACGUCACAAAUGGAGGCUUUUGCAUCUGAAUUUGGACCAUCUUCACUAAAGAGAGGAUGAAUUUUCUCAGCCCUUUCCUCACAAGAGGGAGGCCCAGUUCCCCAGACUCCUCUGCGUGCUUGCUCCAUAAGGCCAGCUUUGGCCAAACUGCCACACAGGAGCUGACUUUGGUCCUACCUGGUUUUAGUAGAGGGUCCUCUUGUUAUUUUUCCAUCUAAAAAAACAUGUCCUCAAAACACUGUACUGGAGGGGUGGGUGGCAGGAACUUGUACAGUUCAGCUCCCAACACUUUGGAACAGAUUGAAAAGGGAAUCUUUUAAAUAAAAACCUAUAUAAUAUUUAUACUCUUGAGGUAAUGAGAGUUUGUCUAUUAAACAUUUGGAGUUUUCUUCCCUAACUACUUCCAUCUGCCUCCCAGGUAUAUGUUUCUCAGCCUGGGCAGGAAUUGCUUAUUUUGAGUUCCUUUAUUAGGAGGAGCCUUAUGGCUCCAGGCUCCCAUCUUCCUAAAGAUGAUUCCCUAAGGAGUUUCUGCAGUCGAUGUUUUUCCAAGACUGACACUGACAUAGGAAACAUACUUGUGGAGUUUGAUUUUUUUCUUUAAGAUCCUAAACCAGGCAGUUGCCCCUUCUAGAGGGGCAGAAGGGAAACUUUAAAAUCAGCCACAGUAAGGUAGCAGUACUGCUGGAAAGCUGAAGAGGGUCUCAGGCCAGAUGUCUGGCUUUGUUCUAGCCUAAGACACAAGCUCCUUGUAUAAAGAGAGUUUCUAGGGGCCCCAGCGGGUUCUGUGGGCUCAACUGUAGUCAGGGUGCCCAGACUGAGGUCUUAAGAGAGACUGCCUUCUCAUCUAGCCAGUCCUGCAACCCCUAGUUUUUCCUGAUUCUAGACUGGGUAGAGGUUGAAAAAGGGAAAAGGUGGGCUGCUCCUAGCCAGGUAAGGCUCUCUUCUGUCUUAAUUACGAGGGUAUAUGGAGAGAAGUGCACAAAAGAGGGAGGCACCGAGGAUCCUGAGGACUCUGGAGGAACUGGAUUCCUUCCCUAGCCUACAAGGUGGCAUUCCAUGCAUUAGGUGUGCUAGAAUGGGUGGAUUUUGUUAACUAUUCCGCCUCCCCACAAAAAGAGCCAGUAAAUUAUUUUUGGUUAUAUUUUUCAUGACCUUUUUGUUACAGAAAUGCAAUUGAGAAACCCAGAAAAGGGAGCAGUUAGGGAAGGACUUAUAGAUUCUAUCCAAGUUGGCGUUCCUGAUGCAAGGAAUUCCAAGCUUCUGUAGUGGCUCUGGGCCAGUGUUUGACUUGACCACAGGAAAAGCAGGUUUUUUUUGCAAAGGGAUCGAAGGUGGGGUGUGUGUAGGGUUUGUAGUCACACUAUUGGGAAAUGAAAGGUCCCUGUUCCUUUUAACCUAGAAAUAGGUUUGCUGUUAAAUGAGCAGUAGUUGUGUGGAAGAGGCCAAAUGCAUGCUCCUCAGGUAAGCCAACGUGCUCCUCACUUUAACAAUGUAAUAUCAGGGUGGUGUAAGAGGGGCAGGAUGUGGAUGCUAUUUUGAAAAUAGGCAAAUAUCUGAGGGUGACUACAAGAAAUUGAGUAUGUAUUGGAAAUUCUUGGUUUUUGGCAAAUGGCUUUGAGUUUGUGGUGUUUCUUUAGGUAUUAGAAAGCUGUAUGAGAUGAAGUGUUGCUUCAUUGAAAUGCUCUUCCCCCAUCUCUGCCAUAUUUGAAUGUAUCAUUAACCCCACCUCCUGCAAUGACACUUUGCUAUGCUUCAGCUGGAUGCCUCAACAGUUUUCCCUCAUCUGUGCCAGUGUGCCCACAUGUGUAAGUUGGGUCCAAGACUCCCUUAUCUACUCUUCUGAUAAGAAAAAUUAGAGCUGGGUGAAGAUCCAAAUUUCACCCAAGCCCAGAGGCCCAAAGAAAUCCCAAUUGGAAAUGUACAAGGCAGUGUUUUCAGUAUUAAACUUCCCUAAGGAAGGCACAAACUAGCCUUCUUGGAAAGGAAGAAGGGAUUAAGCCACAGAGUUUUUAGUCUUUGAUACAGUUCUGAUCUCCCAGAGACUGGUGCCAAAAUUCAGGCCUCAGUGCUGGAGCCUGCAGGGUGUGGAACUCCAUAGUUCACGUGAUGGCCUCAAGUUAUGUACUCUGCCAAACUCCAUCAAACAACGGUGGGAAAUGACUGGGAUAAGGACUUGGGCCUGAAAGUUUAAAAACCAAAACAUCUGUAUUUAGGACUGGUUUGCCACAUUUAAAGACAAGUCUUGAGUGUAGUGAAGCCCAGGAGUAGACCCAAUUAUACAAUUACAAGGGCUGGAGAGAAGCUGCUGCUAGGUUUGUUUUGUUUUAGCUGCCUGCUUUGCGUUCUUGUCUCUUAAUGUUUGCUUAGUGAUGACUUGAACAUCUUGGUAACUGACAAAGGUCUUCCCUUGGUGGGGGGUGGUGGGGGGGGGACUUGAAAAAUCUUGGUAACUGACAAAGGUCUUCCUUUGCGGGGACUCUAGCAGAAACUUGUUUAAACAGCCAAAAGGACUAUUAAAGGUUAUUAAAGUGUGUUAAUUGGGACUCAUUUGAGGACAUAUCUCAUUGAUCCUCCUCCUACUCCAUAAUCUGUUUUCUGAAUCCUAGAGGGGGUUCCCACCCACCCCCUUUCAGAGUUUAUUUCUAUAGUUAGCUGUAUUAUAGCAUAUAUCCAGUUUAACCUGGACUGGGGUCCGUGUUCUAGUGAGGAUCUGCAGGUGUUUUUCCUUACUGAAAAAGAGUUAUGCUUGAGCACUGGUUGCAGAAGCCAAGAUGAUUCAAAUAGCUUUGAGUAACCAUCAGGUUCUGCUUCUGAUUCAGGUGCUGGGGCCUCACAUCCUCCCUAUUCCUCUUGGAAACUAAGCCUGCUUUCACGGAUACCUUCUUCUACCACCCACCUUCCCUUUUUACUACUUACUACACAACAUACUCUUGGAUAUUGCCAAAGGAAGCCAUUCAGCAGAUGCUGUGUCUCUCCCCCACCCCCCAAUUUAUUCUGGGAGAAGUGUCUUCCCUCUGAUUCUGGUCCCCAGCCCGAGUCUGUAAUUAAUUGCUCUUACCUGUUGCACUAAUGAGUAUGAUUCUAGGUUUCAAAGGGGAACUUGAAACAAUAGGCAAAUGGGGGCUUGAAUGAAUUGGUCCUACAGAUACCCUGCCUUAACCCACUGAGGUGAUGAGUCCACUGCUCAUGUGACCCUCCACCUUUGUGGAUUCCUCUUGGUUUCUGACCAGUGUGUCUGUUUCUUGAGGUUGUACAAACUUGUUGACAAAGGUCAAUACUUUUGUUUGUAUUCUCUGCACUGUUGCACUCUCCAAAUGGCCCCUUGAAUAUUUUUAUUAACUUGUUACACACACUUUUGUCUUUGUCUACAUUUUUCUUUUGAUGUUUUUUUUAUUUGGAAGGUUACCUGCUGUUGGAUUUAAUAAAUUUGUUUACUUGA